CCCGAUCAUGCGUCUUGUCUCUGCCAUUACCGCCUUCGCUGUGGUUAGUACUGCCGCAACCGCGGACACCGUCCCCGCGGAGCUGGCGAGCAUCGGGGAGCCGUCAACGGUACUGAAUGCCACCUACUCCGUGGGGUCGACUGCAGUCAGCUUCACCCCUGGCGAAUUCUUCAACACGACCGUCGCCAAAAGCGCGCUGGAGCCGCAUCUCCACGACUUGGGGCUGAGCAGCUCUGAUCGUGCAUACCGUUGUGGCCAACUUGGCCACCGCCGUCAACAGUAUCAGCGACGUGAACGUGUUGGCCUCCUACAUCGCCCCCAGCACAAGUCUGGCACGCACAACUACACACUGUUCCUGUUCGACCAGCCCGCCAACUUCAGCGUCCCCAGCCGCUACGAGUCCUUCAUGCAGACCACUGCUGAGACUCCCCUGAGCCGACUGAACCUGCCGCUGGAGAGCUUCAUCGACCAGACCGGACGGGGCAAGCCGGUCGCGGCCAACUACUUCCGCGUCCCAGCGGCGAGCAACGACACCAGCUCCAGCUCGGACGGAUCCGGCUCCAGCACGAGCACAGGCACGAGCACAGGCACGAGCACCGGCACCAGCACCGGCGCCACCGCUAGCGAGACGUCGAGUGGGGCGGGUCACAGGAUGGCAGCGGGCAGUUAUCUGGCCGGCGCACUGGCCCUGGUCGGUGCGGUGGUGGUCUCCGUCUGA